UCAUUUGGUGCUCUGUUACUGAGCAUCUAUGAGUAACGAGCAGUCGAGUGACGAAUAGUUACUUUUUCAGAGCACCUCUAGUGCUAUUGGUGUUUCUUUUUUUCCAACAACCAACAAGUAGUUGAACACGGGUAGAUCAGGUGUGCACAGUUUCGAUAUUCACUUCUUUUAAUAGUUCUAUGAUGUGUGACAAGCCUCUCGUUUUGCACAAAAUGUCCCCAAAAGAUGACUUGGACGAAAUCUAUUGGGGUAAAGGGCUAACACCUAUAGGUGAAAUGAUAUUGGCUUUACACGACAAUCGUAUAUGUUACUUGUCAUUUGGCGGAGAGAAAAUCACAAACAUUGACAUACUGAAAAAAACUUAUCCCAAGGCAAACCUUCAAAAAGACGACGACAAGAUAGCACCCAUGUUGAAAAAUAUCUUCAACGAUGAUCCUCAAACUUUUGAGAUUAUCAUCAAAGGCACAGAUUUUGAGGUUAAAGUUUGGGAGGAACUCGCAAAGAUAAAGAGAGGCACUACAGUCAGUUACCAAGAUGUCGCCGUGGCAAUUGGGAAUCCGAAAGCUGUAAGAGCUGUAGGGACAGCUGUUGGGAAUAAUCCUGUAUCCGUUUUGAUACCAUGUCACAGAGUGAUUAGAAAAGGAGGAGACCUUGGUAAAUAUGGAGGAGGACUACAGAACAAAGUGAAGCUACUGAGACUUGAAAAUGCUAUAUGAAUUGACAUUUAUGUCUAUGGAUUUUAAAAAUACCUCACAAAAAUAGUUUCAGUCUCUAUGUAAUGUAAAAAAGGAAAGUUGCUUAAUUAUAAAUGCAUGUAAAUUUGAUAAUAACGAAUCAAAAUUCACUUUUGGGCAAGAGGGCCAUGUUUUCACCAUAGAUAACGAAGCGCUUAGAUCAGCUUAGCACUGUGUUGCCAUUACGUAACUUAAAAAGUGACUUGGUAUUGAUUUCUAAUGAGAGUAGGUAUAUAGGUUUUAUGGAAAAAAUGUUACUUUGGAACUAGCUGCCAUUCCCUUUCAUUUCACUUGUACCAGCUGUGCGUGUUGCCUAGACGUCAUGACACUUGAGCCAAACCAUUUUGGCUCUGACGUUAUGUAAUAUUUGCUUCCAUGCAUUUAUAGCUUCCAUGGCUUAAGCUGGCAAUUCUGUACUAUAGGUUGUUGUUACAUUUAUCCAUAGGUGGCG